CAGGCCUUCGUUACUUGUACUCGGAGAGUGCGCGAGAGAGGUUCGUCGACGUCGAAAGUGGUGCAAAUUUUGCGCAAGGUUUUUCGGAAGUGCGUUCGUGCGUGAUUGCCUUUUCGAGCUUUUUUUUUGGUUGUGAAAUUCGCAGCUUGAGGCUCGGAAUUCGAGAGUGCAAUUGUGCCACCCAGUGAGAAAUCGCUCAGCCGUGAACAAGUGCCAAGUUUCGUGGAGGUUUCGCCAAAUGUUUGUGCUGAAAGUGAAAGUCAAGAAUUUCCCCAGCAUGAAGAUCGAGAUCCGAAAUCUGUUCCUGCUGACGAUCGUGACGGCGGUGCUGAAUCUGGCCGCCGGAACGUCGUCCUCGUCCGCCGGCAACUUUCUGGACCUGGACGAGUUCAACAGCUCUCCGACGCGCCACAACCAUCGACACCAUCCGAGUCCGGUCCAGCGGCAGCAGCAGCAGCACCAGUUCCAGAAGGACAACGACAACAACUUUAUCCUGAUAGACUAUCUGAGCGAUGGCGAGCGGGAACGGAGGGUCAGCUGGAACGGGCUGGCCGGCAAGGAGACCAGCAUCGGUGACACUAGCAAAUCACUCAGCCUGUGGCAGUUGUCGGACGGGCGGAGCUUCAUCCAGAUGAUUUACACCAGCGACGGUCAGCUGAUGGACUGCGAGUACCUGCGCCAGAAGAAGCUGGUGGCUGAUUUUCUGAGCCGCUUCUACGCCGAAAUCGAGGUGGCCCGGGCACGUAACUUCAGCUCGCCGCUGAGCGUUCCGCGGAAUCACCACUCGCUGGUGUCGGAGCACGACUUCCGGGAGUACCUGGACAACGGGGUGGCAACACCGGAAAUGGAAGAUCUGCAGUACAGCGUUCAGGAGUUCCAGGACGGGCAGUCAGCGGCGUGGCAGCAGGAUGCCUUUGGACUGCGAAAUUUGACGUACGUUCGGUUGGAGAGUGACGGAGAUGUUCCGGAAGAUCUGCGCGAGCAGUUGAACUACAGAAGACUGAAGCACCAGUGCGACCAGCGGCACGCGCAGAUGCGCGAUCUUGCCCACGGUCUGGAGAGCAGCGAUCCCCAGGAACAGCAGACGGCGGGAGAAACGUUGCAAAGGCACAAACGCGCCAUCGCCGACUGGUUCCUCUCGCCAAACACCAAGUGGUGCGGCCGGGGUCACUCCGCCGAGCGGUACCACCACCUGGGCGGGGCCUCGCGCGCGGACAUGUGCUGCCGGCAGCACGACUACUGCAAGCUCAAUAUCCCCGGGAUGACCACCAAGUGGGACCUGUUCAAUUACCGGCCGUACACGAUCAGCCACUGCAGCUGCGAUCAAAGACAGCGCCGGGAUCUGUCCAGCAUGCUGCGCGUCCCCGGGACCAAGUGGUGCGGCAAGGGCUGGAGCGCCCGCAACUACGUCGAGAUGGGCGGCCUCUCGAAGGCGGACCGGUGCUGCCGCCAGCACGACCUGUCCUGCCCGUUCUGGAUCCUGGGCUUCGAGACCAAGUACCAAGUGUUCAACUGGCGCGUCAACACGCUGAUGCACUGCAGCUGCGAUGAGAGAUUCCGCACCUGCCUCAAGAUGGCCGACUCGAGCGACGCCAACAUGGUGGGCAAGCUGUUCUUCAACAUUGUCCAGUCCAAGUGCUUCGUGCUCAAGCCGGAAACGGUCUGCACCAAGACGUCCUGGUGGGGCAAGUGCGAGAAGAAGGUGCGCCGGAAGCGGGCCCACAUCCGUGAUAACCGAAAGUACUAAAAACCCAGUGCGCUGGAGGCCAACCCCCCCAACAAUUGUAUUAUUGGACUUAGGAAAAACCAAAACCCAGCAAACAGUGUUGCCAACUAGAACAUCAGAUGACUGCGAGAGCGAAAACGUGAAUGGGCUGUUAUUUAUUGGUUAGAAGGCUAAGUUUAUUUAUUAAAACACUCUAGUAGCACAAAAGUGGUGCCCGUGGCAUCGCGGGAACUCUUGCGAAACAAUGAUUCCUAUUAAUUUGUAAGCAUUGUUGGAGACGACUACGGCGAAGCGUUUCUACCUGUUUUGUGUCUUAAAAACCAUACAAAAGGCAAGAGUUCCAAACUAACUGUCGGAGAAAAAUCAGUUUUACUGGCAGCACUGCAUUAUUCUGAGCGGAAUUGCGCUUUCGUUCUCUUUCGUGCACUCUCUCUUUCGACGAAUGGCAGUGUGAGAGAGCGAAACCAAAAGAGAAAAGUACGAAAACGUGAUUCUGUUGGAAAGAGAGAAUGUUUUACAGAAAUUAUGCAUUUCGGUAAAAUUGCCUGAUAAAAAAAAAUUAGCUAAAGCAAAAAUACAACCACUCUAGGAUUGAUGGUACAAAUUCCAUGACAUUUAACGCAAGCUAGUGGCAUUGUACAUACACAAACGAAAAAAAAACCAUCUCUCAUCUAUUUAUUUUCAAAAAAUACAUUCACAUAAACUUUGCACAAUGCAUUAAGCAGCUAGCACGCAUGUCAUAAAAAAAGCAAAACACAUGUUACUCAUUACCACUAACCAGCGGAAAUUGGAUCUUAGAAAAGGCUUUUAAAGUUCUGGUAGGGAGAAACUCAAAAACCGCGUGUAACGAACUAAACUAAUCAAAAUCAGCAAACAUGAGAUAGUAGGCUUACGAAAAAAAUCAGUUAGACUUUAGUUGUACAGGCUGUAAAUAGAGCGCGCGCAGGUAUAUCUGUCCAUCGGCACAUUAGUUUUAACAAUAAGUUUAAAUAGUUUAAAAGCAAGCAUAGUCUCUCGAAAAAAAUAAAAAUAAACUAACAGGUGAUAUCGAUGAUGUGAAUGAGAAUGAUGAUGAAUGAGAGUAAUGGAUGAGCUUUGUGUUGAGUGUUUGCGCCGCUGCAGAACGGAUUUUAAAUUGAGCUGUGUUUAAUUUAAAAAUAAACGCCGUAAGCCGGAAUAUCGAUGUACUUUGAUAGUCUUAACUAGGAUAAGAAUUGAGGGAAAAGCAUCCCGCUAACUACAACUAUAAAGAACGUUGCAACAGCUUUGUUUAAAACAAGUUUGUAAAUAAAGUUAAUAAAAUAAUUGAAAAA